CCAAAACUAGAACACAAACUUUCGCUUCAACCGUCACUACCCCACCGAUUCUCCUUUCCUCAACCUCCGAUUUACAGAUCUUAACAAAUCCCCAAUUUUUCAUUCAACUAAAUGACAACUCCCACCUGAAAACAAGUAGAAAUGCAAUCCUUUUUCGUCUUCUUCAUCACCUUUCUUUCAAUUUGGGGAAAUAAUUUCAUCAAACACUGCUAUGCAAGCGUCUUCACCUUAAAAAUGCACCACCGGUUCUCGGAGCCGGUGCGAAAGUGGUCGGAAAGCAUUAACAAACUCUCCACUACCGAUUUCCCUUCCAAAGGUAGCGUCGAGUUCUAUUCUCAGUUGGCCGACCACGACAGGGUAUUCCGAGGCCGGGGACUUUCAGAUUCCGGCGAACAACAGCUCACUUUCGUAGAUGGGAAUUCCAGUUUACGCAUCAAAUCGUUGGGAUAUUUGCAUUACACAACGGUUUCUCUAGGGACGCCAGGCCAGAAGUUUUUGGUGGCGCUUGAUACCGGAAGUGAUCUAUUUUGGGUGCCAUGUGAGUGCAGCAGAUGUGCCUCCAUUGAUAACACACCUUAUAGCUCUAAAUUUAACAUGAGCAUAUACAACCCAAAGGAAUCAUCAACUAGCAAAAAAGUUACUUGCAACCACAGAAUGUGCACUGCCAGCUGUCCUGGUAGUGGAACACUCAGCACUUGCCCUUAUUCAUCUUCUUACAUCUCCUCUCAAACUUCAACUUCUGGAAUCUUGAUGGAGGAUUUCCUUCACCUAGAAACAGAUGACAUUCAUGGACAAAUUGUCAAUGCAUUUAUCACUUUCGGAUGUGGACAAGUUCAAAGUGGUUCAUUUCUACACAUUGCAGCUCCAAAUGGUCUAUUUGGGCUUGGAAUGGAGAAAAUAUCAGUUCCUAGUUUGUUAGCAAGAGAAGGUUACAUUGCAAAUUCUUUUUCCAUGUGUUUUGCACAUGAUGGAAGUGGUAGGAUUAGUUUUGGUGAUAAAGGUAGCAUUCAUCAACAAGAAACACCGUUUAAUUUUGAUGCAUCAAACCCAACAUAUACAAUCACAGCAACACAACUUCGUGUUGGUGAAUCUCUUAUAAACUCAAGUUUCACUGCCCUUUUUGAUUCGGGCACCUCCUUCACAUAUCUUGUUGACCCUCAUUACACAAGGUUGACCAAAAUGGUAAGAAUGAAAAAAGAUCAAAACUUUAUAAUCUUUAUUACAUGGGUAUGCAUGAAAUCAUCAUAUAUUGAGGCAUCAAUUUAUGUUUAUAUGUGGGAACAUCUUUUUGUUUUGCAGUUUCACGCACAAACUAAAGAUUCACGAAGGCUAACCGAUAAAAAGAUCCCUUUUGAAUAUUGCUAUGCUAUGAGUCCUAAUGCAAACACUAGUCUACUCCCGGAUGUUACUUUGACCAUGAAAGGCGAAGGUCAAUUUUUUAUCUACAAUCCCGUAAUUGUCCUCCCAACUCAUCUGGAAGUUAUAUAUUGUCUAGCUAUUAUCAAGAAUGAAGAAAUGAGCAUCAUUGGACAAAACUUCAUGACCGGCUACCGAAUCGUAUUCGAUAGAGAGAAACUUGUUCUUGGGUGGAAGAAGUCUAGUUGUUAUGACAUUGAUAACUCAAAUGCUUACUCAUCAAAGCCAUUAAACAGUGAGAUUAUUCCUCAUGCUGUUGCUGCUGGAUUUGAAAGUGAAGGGAAUAAUAGAACAAGAGCUCGAAGCUCUAAUGCAUCAUUUCUUCAUGCAAAUUUUUGUUUUUUGACUUGUAAUUUAUUUCACUCUCUUGUCAUUCAUUCUUUCAUUGUAGUUAUUUUUCUUCAUUCUUUUGUUUGAAUUAAAUUGUUUUACUUUUUUUUUUGUUGAUUGUGUGUCCAUAUGCCUAAAGUUAUGUAUGAUUGUAGCUUUGAUUGUGAAUAGUUGAUAGUGUUAGAUUAAAGAAA